AUGUGUUUGAGAUCUCGGGGGCUGUGUGCAAAUCAUUUCCAAGCUGCGCUUUCUUGCCUGGCGGUGUUUGGUUGAUAGAGUCACCGCAGCAGGUUGCUUGCUUUCGGCCGCGCUCUCUCGCAUUGGCUCCAGAACUCGGCAAUAUUUUCACCACAAACACUGACGUCAUUAUUUCCGUUUUCGUCAUGACAGCGGAGCAGUGGAAAGAUGCUGUGUGUAAGAGUACAGGAGCUUGGCGCUUAGACAUUAUUUUACAUGUGAGCCCUUAUUAAAAUAAAUCGGUAACAGUAUAACAUAUUUCAUUCAGGGCAUCGUGUUGCCUAGCUCAGAACACAUACGCAACCGCGUAUGCAAUGUUGCAUUUAUGAUGACUAGCAGUACAUUCUGAACUGGAUUGUGUGGAUGUAUGGAUAUUAUUUAUGAUAGGACACAAGUGCGUUUAGAAACCGAGCGGGCUGUUUUUUAAACUCCUUGUUAAUCAUAAAAUACCCGGAGCAGUCCGACCGAACACGACCCAUUAACCCGCUCAUUGGUUCUACGGUCGUCAGUUAUCAAGUCAUUUUGGCGAGUAGGACGGAGGCAGCGGGCGAGGAAGCUGCAUCUGCUAGUAGCAUGUCGGACGAGUGGAAUUUAUUAGCUUGGACCGUGUUUGCAGUGAUCCUGCCAGUGGUGAUCACGCUGUGGUGCAGCGUGCAGAGGUCCAAGCGAAAGAUGGUCAUCAAGGACAUUCUGAGAAAAAGUAAGAAGCACGGCUGGCGCUACAGGGACCUGUUCAGCAAGCCCACCUGUUGCUGCGUGUGCUCGCAGCACAUUCUCCAGGGCGCCUUCUGUCAUUGCUGCGGGGUGUGCGUGGACGAGACCUGCCUGCAGAAGGCAGACACGAGCCUGGCAUGCAAGGAGGUCAUGCGCGCCGCUCAGCGGGACGGCUCGCUGCCCCAUCACUGGGUCCGGGGGAACGUGCCCCUGUGUGCUUACUGCGCGGUUUGCAAACAGCAGUGUGGCUCUCAGCCGAAACUCUGCGAUUUCAGGUGUAUUUGGUGCCAGAGUACCGUCCAUGAUGACUGCAAGCCCAGCCUGUCGGACAGUGGGAAGUGUGACUUGGGUGAAUUCAGGAACCUGAUCAUCCCUCCUCACUACCUGCACAGCAUAAACCAGCGGAGCAGGGGCCCCAGCGAUGACUACGGGACGUUAGCCUCGAUGUGCGGCCCCAACUGGACUCCAGUAAUAGUGUUGGCCAAUACCCGGAGCGGAAACAACAUGGGAGAGGAGCUGCUGGGGGAGUUUAAAAGUCUUCUGAAUCCAGUGCAGGUGUUUGACCUGUCUGAGCUGCCCCCGAUCAAAGCCCUCCAGCUGUGCACCAUCCUGCCUGCUGGCUCGGUGCGGGUGCUGGUGUGCGGGGGGGACGGCACGGUGGGCUGGGUGCUGGAUGCCGUGGACGAGAUGAGGAUAAAGGGGCAGGAGCAGUACGUGCCCCACGUGACAAUCUUACCCCUGGGAACCGGAAAUGACCUCUCCAACUCCCUGGGCUGGGGAGCCGGGUAUGCUGGGGAAAUUCCAGUGGAGCAGGUCCUGAGGAACAUCAUGGAAGCCGAGGCAGUCAAACUGGACCGAUGGAAGGUUCAGGUUACAAACAAAGGAUACAGCUUUCGAAAAUCAAAGGUUCUGACGAUGAAUAACUACUUCUCCGUGGGCCCAGACGCUCUCAUGACUCUGAAUUUCCAUGCACACCGAGAGAAGACCCCCUCGCUGUUCUCAAGCAGGAUCCUCAACAAGGCUGUGUACUUUUUCUACGGGACCAAAGAUUGUUUAGUUCAAGAAUGCAAAGACUUGGACAAGUUCAUUGAGCUUGAACUGGAUGGGGAGAGAGUGGAGCUCCCGAAUCUGGAGGGGAUCAUCGUGCUCAAUAUCGGGUACUGGGGAGGAGGCUGCCGUCUGUGGGAAGGAAUGGGGGAUGAGACGUACCCACCCUCCAGGCUCGACGAUGGUUUACUGGAAGUUGUCGGAGUGUUUGGAUCUUUCCACUGUGCCCAGAUUCAGGUGAAGCUGGCUAACCCUGUGCGGAUAGGGCAGGCACACACUGUCCGGCAGAUCCUGAAAAGCGGCAAGAUGCCCAUGCAGGUGGACGGGGAGCCCUGGGCACAGGGGCCGUGCACCAUCACCAUCACACACAAAACCAGGGCGCUGAUGCUGUACCCCCCCGGGGAGCAGACUGACGAUGAAGAGGACGAUUCCUCCAGCGCCUCCGAGCCAGAGCUGAGAGACCAAGAGGACUAGCGCCACCCCUGCCAUCGCUGUGGCACGGGCUUCUAUAGACAGCUGGGUUACUGGUGUAAUAGAGCAGGAACACAUGUCCACACAUUGCAGUGAUCUGACCAGGCUUUCACACGCAUGCUACUCCCAGAUCAUUCGUUUUAUAUGCAGCGUGAAAUACAAUUUAGACUGCAUUGUAUUAAAAGAACAGUAGCUGCACCACACAGACAGACACUUCAUGUAGUGUUUGCUAGGGCAGUACUGCUACGCUGCUGAAGUGGAGUCACUUGUAUUUAUUUCGGCACACUGGCAGUUUCUUCUCCUAGCUCUGACGAGCGUGUCAGCUUUGCUGUUGUUUGUUGUUAGUAAUAAUAAUCUACACAGACAAAGAAGAGGUUUGCAAAUCAAAACUCUUUUACAGUUUAUUGGGGUGCUGCUGCUGUGUUUUUCUUUCUUAACCUAAACAACAAAAAAGACACUCCAUAUUUAGUGUUUACUUAUGAAUGUCAUGGGAUUUCCUCGUUGAGACUCUGUAUGGAGGGGAGUGACUCUCUGACUGUGUGGCUGCAGCAGUACCCCUCUGGAAAUCUAAAACCGUGACAUGCUUGUUUAUUGAGCUUCGGUAUUUGUGCUGCGUACUGUGUUUGCAUUAAGGACACAGAAUACACUCUGAGGAGGUCGUUUAUCAUGGUGCUUUAACCCAGAUUUGAAGAUUACCCAAUUAACAGGCACCAGGACAUAGUGUAGCACGACUGCUCCUCCGGUAAUAAUGUGAAAACAUUCCCGUGUGAAACAACGCGGACCAAAGUGCAGUAAAUUGUAUUCAGCAGAAGCAAUGUAACUUCAGUAAAGACAUUACUACAAGUAGGGACAUCUUAACUGCGUUUUUAUUGCAAUACCUGUAGACGUGUAAGUAAACUAGACGGCAGCUUUUCAAGGGGUAAAGUAACGCGCUUCAGUGUUCUUUUAUUAAACGUGUCUAUGUGGUGUAUUGUGUACUGUUUAUAAGGAGUGGUCUCUUCAGCUGUUUCCUGGAUUGUGUUUCUCAGUGUGCUCCUAGAUUGCUUAAACUUGGGUGCACUACACGCUGCUACCAGUAGAUGGCGCCCCGGUUGAACUUGCACUUUAAC